UAUUUCAGUAAAUAAAAAAAAACAAAAAUGGCAAAAGAAAUGUGAUAAAUUUAGCUUAAAACCUUUACCACCCAUCAUUAAGAAUCUUGGAAAUGAAAGCAAUCUAAAAGAAAUAUCCAGUUCUUUAGGAGGCCCUAUUCACAAUUUAAUUACUGCAAUUACUAUUUUUAAAAACAACCCUCAAAUGAAUGAAAUCACUAAAAGAUUUUUAGAGGAUGGUUAUGAUGAUUUAGAGGAAUCUUUGAAACCUUGGAUUCUUGACUUGUAA